UGAGAGCCCACGUUGCUAUGACAACAACACGAAUUUGCGCUGCGUAGCAGGUGUUACGUUUACUUGACGUAGGACGAUCUUUUUACUGAAAAUCAACAUAAGAGACAUUUUAAGGACAUAUUUUCUGCCAUUCUUCAAGAAAAGACCUUCAGUUUCUGUAGUGAGCAGAACAUUUUGUGAUUUCAGGAUGGAUGGAGACGCCCAGACCUCUGCUUCUGUUGAUGAGGACCUUGUAAAGCAGCCGUUGAUGGAGCCUCGGUCGGCAGACUCGGCAGCUGCAGCCAAUGGGAAGACAGAGCAGCCUGAUGAGGAGGAUGAAGACAAGGCUCCGUUGGGGCUCCUGAUGGGGUUCAUCAGAGCGCUGAAAAACAAAGACUUCCAGCUGGCCUUCCGACUCUGUCAGAUGACUCUCAUCUAUGAGCCGACCAACCCCGAGGCCUCUGAGAUCCUCCCACUGCUCCAGCAGAAGCUACUAGAAGAGCAAGGCACAGAAGAGAGCAGUGAGGAAGAAGACGACUCUGAAAGGGACGAGAGGUCAUCUUGUACGCCCACUUCGUCUUGCUCCUCUUCAUCGUCAGAUACUGAUGAAGAAAGAAGAGAUCCGGAUGAUGAUGAACAAGAAAAACAUGCAUGAACAGGCUGUAGAUGUUCAGGGAUUAUGGUUUGUUUUGAUUGCAAUAAUCCCAUUGUACACAGCAGCUUAACAUGUAAAUAUUUAUUUGAAGUCCUCCAGAAUUUUAACAAAAAUCUUGUUUUUCCAGCAAAAAGACUGCUAAAGUCUAAAACCUAACAGUAAUAAAUAAAAGUAUCUGUUAAGGAACAGAAA